UAUCUGGCAACCCACAGGAGAGCAGCGGAUUGCAUUCUGUCAGUGUAAUCUCAACAUUGGAAAGGACGCAGUCAAAAUACAACACAGUGACAUAUUCAAAGAAUGUGUACGAUACCAUCUUUACCUGCUAUCCUGUUGUCAACAAUAAAUUGAGAUGGCAGUGAAUGUAUACUCCACAUCAGUAACAAUUGAGAACCUGAGCCGACAUGACAUGUUGGCAUGGGUGAACGACUCCCUUCAGCUCACCUACACCAAAAUAGAACAAUUAUGUUCAGGGGCGUCUUAUUGUCAGUUCAUGGACAUGUUGUUCCCAGGGUGUAUUCUUUUAAAGAAAGUGAAAUUUCAAGCAAAGCUGGAACACGAGUUUAUACAUAACUUCAAAGUACUCCAGGCAGCUUUCAAGAGGAUGAACGUUGAUAAAAUAAUUCCUGUGGAAAAAUUAGUGAAAGGAAAAUUCCAGGACAACUUUGAAUUCGUCCAGUGGUUUAAAAAAUUCUUUGAUGCCAAUUAUGACGGAAAAGAGUAUGAUCCCAUUCAAGCUAGACAGGGCCAAGAUGUGGCGCCUCCACCAAAUCCAGGUGAACACUUUUCCCACAAACCCAAGAGAACUAGUCCCUCAGGGCCUCAGAGAACAUCGCCAACAGUACCUAAAAACAUGCCCACACCACAGAGGGUGACCACCACCAUAAGGAAGAACCCCACACAUGCCCGAAAUGGGGGAAGUGAUGCUGAAAUCAUGGAGCUUAAUCAACAGUUAAUGGAUCUGAAGUUAACCGUAGAUGGUCUGGAGAAGGAGAGAGAUUUCUACUUCAGCAAACUUCGAGACAUUGAACUGGUCUGUCAAGAAAAUGAGACUGAAAACCACCCCAUUAUCAGUAGAAUAAUUGACAUUCUGUAUGCCACAGAGGAUGGCUUUGCACCACCAGAAGAUGAUGAAAUAGAUGAGCAAGCCCACUUGGACCAGGAUGAAUACUGAGCAUCCUCCUCUUCCACAUCAUCGUAACCCUUCAUCAUUUCCUCUCCCCACCACUUUGAAUGACUCCCCUCUAUCGCACGCUGUUAAUAUCCUCUCAGUUUCCUACAAAUGUAUGGCUCACCAUAUAUACUCUAACUCUUUGUCCUCCGACGCUGGUUUAUGCCCUACAUAGGUAUCAACAAACACUCGCCGUCCUCACCCCCAUCCAGACAGUAGCACCAACAAUGACACAUCCUAGCCGUCACAGCAUGUUUUACAUAACGACAUAGAGAAUGAACAAAAGAAAAGGUAUCAUAGAUUGUGGGUAGCACAACGGACUGAAACAAAAAUGUACAUAUUGUGAUGGGAAAGACCUUUUUAAAGAAAAAGAAAAAAGAAAAUGAAGAAAAAUGUUGCUUGGAAUGCAGUUAUUUGUUGUGAGAUUUUCAUACAUAUUUUCUUUGAGGUCUGUCUUGGCUCCAUUCAGUAUGAAAUGAUCAGUAUCACGCCAUCCAUCUGUGUCUCCAGCUUCAGUCUGCCUCUCUCACUGACUGUACACUUUUAAAGGGAUAGUUCACACAGAAAUGUCUAUUCUGUUAUCAAUUUCUUACCCUCACGUUAUUCCAAACCUGUAUGACUUUCCUUCAUGGAAUAAACGAAGAAGGUUGCUCAUUUCCAUAUGACUGCAGAAAAUAGGCACUGAAGCUUUCAAGCUUGAAAAAGGACACAAAUGAAUGAACCAUAAAAGUGGUCCAAUACGAUUCAUACGCUAUAUUCCAAGUCUUAGAGCUUCUUACAAACUUCAAGUACACCUGUGACCAGGUGAUCACUGAGUUGAUGAAAUUCUAAUGAAAACACCAACAAGCGCUAGAGAAGAUGUCAAGAUUUUAAGUGAAUAACUGAAUAGAGCACACUUGUAAGAUUUUUUUGAAUCUCUAUUGAAGAUUGAAAGCUUUCACUGUACAACCAAAAUAUCAUACAUGUUUGGAACGGCAUGAAGGUGAGUAAAUAAUGACACAAUUUCAUUUUUAGAUGAACUAUCCCAUUAAACGACUAAAAACAGCAGACACUAUCAGGAAGAAUCCCAGUAAUAUCUUAUGAAUCUUUUAUAUCUGCAAAGAUAUUGAUGUCAAGUUUGUCAGUGACAUGGUGGAAAUGAAUGCUGAGCUAUAGAGAGGACAUUUAUACUUUUGAAUGUGGAUGAGCCAGUGACAGGGUAAAUAACAAACAAACAAAAAAUGACAUGAAAAUAUGUCAACGAGGCUUUAACAUGUGUAAGACAACAGUAACUUAUGGCACAGGUUGUUUUGCGAAUACCCAGGGAGCAUGUGAAUGUUAUACAUUGACAAUUGAUGAGUGAUUGUUUGAAAAUCAUAUUUUUCUGUUGUGCUUGAUUGUGACAUUAUUCUUACACCUCAUAGACUGCAAAAUAGAAACUCACCAAAUGAAUGGAAAGUGGUAUUACCUUCAUAUUCAACAUUGAGCAUGAGGGACAGUACUCAUUGUUACUGUGUACAUUUUAUUUUGGUGGCAAUCAAACGUGAUACUACUGAUCAGAUGAUGUCAUGUCGAAUUGAACUGACGUUGGCUGCUAGUGUUGCUGCAUUUAUGUGUUUUGUUUUGUAUUUAUUUCGCUCAGCUAUUGAAUAGCAUAUGGGCUGUGCAUUAAAUCAUAUCAGAUUUGUAAAAGGCCUGAUCAAAUUAAACAGAGAUGCUAGAUGUCAUUGGUUUGAAUCUACUUCUCUCUGUGUUGAGAACCUGAGUCAUCUUGUAUUGUCUCAGUAUGGCCAUAAUUGUGUUUGCAUAAAUUGUUUUGAGUAAAUAAACAUUUGUGAAAAUA